AUGUCUUCCCCACCUUCAGAGGACCACGAUAAUGGUCUGGCAGAUGUAGAGCCUGGUAUAUUCCAGGAUGCUCCUGAUGAUGCCAAUUUCGCGGACUAUUUGGGUCCUGCUGCUGAGGAACCAAGAUCCUCCCCUCUACCUGACUCUGACCAGCAAGAAGGUCGCCCAUGUGACAAGCAUGGAAAUUUUCUUCCUGACGGCACACCCCCUCUGCCUGCUGAGCCCAGGUCAUGCAAUGACUGGACCCCAUUGAGAAACUGCGUUGAAUUCGAAACAGCCGAGUUUCUCUACAUUCAAAACCAGAUGUCAGCUAAUCAGGCUGACCGUCUGUUAAACCUUUGGGCAACUACACUCCUUAAACACGGUGAUUCACCACCAUUUGCAGAUCAUUGUGACCUUUACGCUACCAUCAAUUCAAUUCCUUUGGGGGGGGGGGGGGUGAAGUGGCAGGGUCUCUCGUGCACAUACUCAGAUGAGAAGCCUGACGGAAACUACCCACCCUGGAUGGAUGGGAGUUAUGAUGUUUGGUACCGAGAUCCACAGGAAGUUGUUUGCAACAUGUUAGCAAAUCCCGCAUACUCUGACGAAAUGGACUAUCGGCCCUAUCGUGAAUAUUCUACUGAUGGAGAUGAGCAUCAGUUUCGGGAUUUCAUGUCUGCUGAUUGGGCUUGGGACCAGGCAGACAUCAUUACCGGAGACCCAGAGACACUUGGCUCAAUGUUCGUGCCCAUCAUCCUCGUCAGCGAUAAAACGACGGUUUCAGUUGCCACUGGAAAUAAUGAAUAUUAUCCACUCUAUUUAUCUAUAGGAAAUGUACACAACAAUUUCAACUAUCUAGCAAUGAAGGAGUAUGCUGAAGAUCCGAAGUUUCGUGCAUUCAGACGCCAGUUGUUUCAUUCAUUGCUCUCCCGCAUACUCGAAACCCUUAGGCCAGGGAUGACAAAGCCAGAAGUUGCGAAGUUUGGAGAUGGGCAUUUUCGGUGGGUGAUUUAUGGCUUGGGGCCUUACAUAGCGGAUUAUGAGGAGCAAGUGCUCCUUGCAUGUAUAGUGAGUCACUGGUGUCUGAGAUGCUGUGCACAUCGUAAAGACCUUGAUGCAGGUGCACUCCUUCGAUGCCAUGACCACACUGAAGCCCUCGUCGACACUGGCACGUAUACACAGCUCUGGUUUGAGUUUGGAAUAAUCAGCAAUCUCGUUGUAACCGACAUUUACCACCUGAUUGCCCCUGACCUUUUGCAUCAAGUUAUUAAGGGUGCCUUCAAGGACCAUCUCAUGGCCUGGGUGGAGUUAUAUAUCAUGAAGACGCAUGGAAAACGCGAUGGCCUCCACAUCUUAGAUGACAUUGACCACAGAAUAGUGGCUGUUGCCUCAUUUGCAGGCCUGCGCCACUUCCCGCAAGGGCGGGGCUUCAAGCAGUGGACGGGGGAUGACUCGAAAGCCCUCAUGAAGGUUUACUUGGCCGCAAUCGAGGGUCAUGUAUUGCAGGAUAUUGUUCGUGUGUUCCGCGCAUUUCUAGAAUUUUGCUACCUCAUACACCGAAAUACCAUCACUGAGAGCACUCUGGAGGAGAUUGAAGAUGCCCUCUCCCGUUAUCAUCACUACCGCACAAUUUUUACAGAGUCUGGCACAAUUCCCACCUUCUCGUUACCACGCCAACAUUCCCUUGUCCACUACACCUAUCUUAUUCAGCGAUUUGGUGCUCCCAAUGGACUCUGCUCGUCUAUCACCGAGAGCAAACAUAUUAAGGCCAUCAAAGAGCCAUGGAGGCAUUCAAGCAAAUACAAAGCGCUUGGUCAAAUGUUAGUUACUAAUCAGCAUCUCGAUAAGCUGGCUGCUGCGCGUGUUGACUUCGCCAAUUGUGGGAUGUUGGACAAUACUUGUCUUGUGGCAGAACUCGAAGCUCUUGACACAGAUAGCAACAACAACCCCAAUGUCCAAGUCUAUCCCUUGCCCAGUAGUGUUGCCAAUGAGGCGCCGGUAGCAGUAGACCAUGGACUAACCAUUUUACAAGCGCACACACGGCUAGCACAGACAGUUCUGUGCUCUAGUACUAAAGCUUUGUGUGAUGCAGAAAGAAAACACGCUCGCAAUGUAUUGGCGCUAGCCAAAGAAUUGGAACUUCCCUGUUUUCCUGAUUUGAUUCACCAGUUUCUUUUUGAGCAGACGCACAGGCCAGACGAUGACCAAGAUCCAGCGGAAAUUCCCCUUGCUGGCUGUCCUAGGUUUGCAGGGAAAAUCUCUGUCUUUAACUCUGCAUCUUCAAGGUUCUACACACCAAGCGACAUUAGUGGAAUCGGAGGCAUGCGAGUCGAACAUAUCCGUGCAUGCCCUUUGUGGCGGAACGAAGCUCCACGCAACGACUGCAUUUUCGUCAACACGGGAUCCAGUACAGAAGGCAUGCGAGGACUCGAAGUCGCAAGGGUCCGCGCCUUCUUUUCAUUCAAAUAUAGCGGUGAAAAUUUUCCAUGCGCCAUCGUGCGCUGGUUUGACGUCAUCGGAGACUCACCUGAUGAAGAUACUGGGAUGUGGAUGGUUUGUCCAGCGUACAGUACUAACCACGCACCUUUACAUAGUAUCAUACACGUGGACACGAUCUACCGUGCUGCUCACCUCAUCCCCAUCUACGGCAGGCAUUUUCUUCCUCCAAACGUCAAUCUACAUGUUUCUUAUGACUCUUUUUGGGCUUACUAUGUCAACAAAUUCAUUGACCAUCAUGCGUUUGAAAUUGCUUCAUAA